UUCCAGCAGCAGUGGAUAUACCGAGCCAAGCUCAGCUAAAAUCUCCAAACCAAAAAACAACACAUCCAACAAUAUACACAAAUACCCGAUAAACAUGAAGUGCAUCAUCUCCAUCGUUGCGAUCUCCGUGAUCUUCGGUUUAAGCCUGAUCCAGGCAGCACCCAUCGCUGAAAAUACACAGGAUCCAGGAUUCUUUUCGGCCUCGGACAUUACCGGAGAACCAGUGCGCCAAAAGCGAGCCAGUGCGGACUACUACCAGGGCGACUACUUCAUCUGCUAUCCCAAGAGCGCAGUCUACGGCAAACAUGGAUACGGUGGAAGCAAUCGCAGGUCCUACGACUCCGAGGACUAUGCCCCCCACAACCUGGCCGACGAUCCUUUGGCCGUUCGCCAGGCUCGUGCUGAUGCGAGACGAGCCGCCUACACCGACAGCUUCGGCAAAUAAAUCUGGAGCUGCCAUUUAGCCACUUAGUCAAUGGAAAGACUAUGGAAAAGCUGGGAAACUGAACAGGUCUAGCUUGUAAGGAUUUACAAAUACUAUUUCUAUUAUUUAUUGAACGCAAAUAAAAUGAUCAUUAAAAGGAAACAAUUUACAAA